AUGGGUAAUCCUAUGUGGAUCUUGCAAUCCAAACUGAAGGCUCUCAGUAAGAGAUUAAGUCAAUGGUCCAGGAAAGACAUCGUAGACAUUAAUGAAGUCGUUAUCAACUGGGAUGAGAAACUUCAAUAUUUGGAAGAUAAAGACAUUGAAGACAACACCGAACAGAGUAGAGAAAAAGUGAACAAAGCCCAUGACAAAUAUAUUAGAUGCCUGAGUAUCCAAGACUCUCUUCUCAAACAGAAAUAUAGGAUAAAAUGGUUUGAAGAUGGCAACAGUAAUACCAGAUACUUUCAUUGCAUUCUUAGGGAAAAAAUAAGGAAGCAACAGGUAAACAGAAUUAAGAAUCAUAAGGGUAAAUGGAUUAUGGGUGAUGAGAAGAUUUCCAAAGCUGCAGUCAUGCACUUCAAUUCCCAGUUCAACUUACCAACUCCCAACCUCAACCCCACUAUUUUAGAGUGUAUUCCUAAUUGCAUUACAAAGGAGGAUAACUUAUGUCUCAGUAAGAUACUCGAUGAGGCUGAAAUUAAAAAUGUUGUAUUGAGCCUAAGUGCUUCUAGCACGGCUGGACCAGAUGGAUAUAAUGGAGCAUUCUUACACAAUUGCUAG